AUGGCUUCGAUUGUCUCAUGCUACGCUCCAAUCACGAUCCGAGCAUCUUCCGGAUCCGGAUCCUUGAAGAACCCGGAUUCGAAUCGUAAGAAAUCUGUUUCGUGGUGGGCUCCUCUCUUCGGCAUUUCCUCCGAUCCCGAUUACCUCAACAUCGAAAGCUCCUCCGUGACUCCAGAGUCGAAUCCGGGUAGAAUCGACAUCUCCGGGUCGGGUCAGGAUUCAGGUCAGAAGCUCCGUCGCGGUUGUCUGACGGAAGAGAAAGCUAGGCAGCUGAGGGAAAAAAUCGCAGAAGCUUCAUCGUUCCACGAAGUUAUGUAUCAUUCCGCGAUUGCGUCAAGGCUUGCUUCUGACAUCUCCGGGUCGGGUCAAGGAUCACAACGAAUCCGGUCACCGAUCACCUACCAUUCACCACUCUUCCUCGCUUUUCCGGUGACCAUUUUCGCCGGCUCCGAUCAUCGUCUUCAGUUAUCACGGUUUGUGAAACCGGAUGAUUUUUGCUCUGAUUUCGACUUCUUCUUUUCCCCUCCUUUAGAUAUCUUGUUUGAUUUGGUGUUCUACGACGUUGCGCAGAUGGAGAAUUCACUUGUUACUCCUCCGAAGCAUUGUUUCAAUGUACAUUUACGUCAGGAUAUGCGAUCAAGAAUCUUUGCUAUCUUACAACGGAAGAUGGAGAUUCGUGGAAUAAGGACUGAUGCUGCUACCUUACAAGCAAAGCUUCGCUCUUUGUCAUGCCAUUUCGAGGCUAAACUGAUGAAUCUGGCCAAAUCAGAGGAGGAGUACUCAAAUUGGGGAGAUCUUGAAGUACGCAUAACUCAUCUUGUGAAGAAAUGGAAAAAAGGAAGGUCUUCUCAGCGCUCUGCCAUGAGCAAGAGCAACGUUUUACAUGGAAUCGAAGCGCUUCCUGAUUCUUUGAUAUCUCAGAUACUCUUAUGGCUUCCGACCAAAGAGUCGGCUAGGACGAGUGUUUUAUCAACCAGAUGGAGAAAUCUAUGGCUUGAUGUUCCAGGACUAGAUUUGGACUUCUCGGACUUACCUCCUUCUUCUGCUGCCGCCAUCAACAACUUGAUUGACAGAUUCAUGGAGUCGCGCCUGCAAAAGAUCAAGUUACAGUUUGAUUACUUUACUAUAUCUCUCUUUGGAAUCAGGAGGUUGUUCCAGGCAGUGACUAACCACGGAGUUGAGCAUCUACAUCUUGAAUUCUGUGGCGUGCGUAUUACCAAAUAUACCAAUCCUCUGGACAUUUAUAAGAGCAAGACAAUAUCUCUGGACGACUGUAUUAGCAAGACACUGCCUCUUGACUUUUAUAAGAGCAAGAGACUGGUUUCGUUAAAGCUUGGAGAAGUAGGGAUGGAGAAUCCAGAUUUUGUUGUUUCUCUACCUCGUCUCAAGGUGAUGCAUCUUGAUAACGUUAUGUGCAGAAAUGAGGAUCCUGUGAUCAUAGAGAAGCUCAUCUCAGGAUGUCCUGUUCUUGAAGAUCUUACCGUGUCUUGGGGUUAUGGUCAUACCCGGUGUCCGGUUGUGCGUGUGAGAUCUCAGACUCUUCAGAGGUUCUGUGUAACUUCUCCCGGUUGGAGCAUAACGAGUGGGGUUGAGAUUGAUGCUCCGAGACUCAAGUAUAUGAACUUCAGAGAUAAACUGUCUGAUGGAGUUGUCGUGAAGAAUCUCAAGUCCUUGUUCAUGAUCGACAUUGAUGCCAAAUUUAAUCAUAACAAUAUGAAGGAAGGUACUAUCAGAGGUUUUCUUGACGGUAUUUCUGGUGUAAGACAUCUGAUCAUCUCUCAUCCUACUCUAGAGGUCCUGCAUCCAUACUUCAAACAGGGAACAAUCAAAUUUGGUAACUUAUCUCGUUUAGAGGCUUCGUUCUGCAACCUGUUAUUACAAGUGUUGCCUGAUUUUCUUCAGAGUUUCCCGAAUCUAAAACACCUCACACUGUACUUAGGUCGUGUGAAGGAUCAAGAGCCAGAGAAUCUUAAACUGACCAUUGUGCCUCGAUGCUUACAGUCGACGCUCGAAUGUGUUGAGAUUAAAGAAGAAACUGGGGUGAAAAGACCGAGGAACGGUAAGAAGCACCAGAAGAAAAUCAGGAUGGAAGCAGUGAGGUACAUUCUUGAGAAUUCCUUGGUUCUCAAGAAACUCAUUUUGUGUUUCUCUCCUGUAACCAUCAAAGUCUCAGAGAUCUCCAAGGCGCUUGAUACAUUCACAAAACGUUCUCCUAAGUGUGAAGUCUUCAUUCGUUGGCAGACAUCUCUUUGA